UUGCAAGUUGUAAACACCCCCGUAUGCUCACCUUAUCACCCCUCGACAGGCGUGAAAAAGAGUUAUGCUAUCUUCAAUAUCUAAGCAAAAACAAACCUCCCCAUACAGAAGCGGAGACACGCGCGUCAACAGCAGCCCUGUGCCCAGUUAUGCAGGAGAACAACGGGGAAUCAAAGCGUUUUUGUUCUCAAAAAGGAGUGAAGGAUGACCUAUGAUUACUUGAGACGGCUGUUGGCGGUUCAUGUGGUUCUGUGCACUAUAGGAGGUGCGCACGUAGUCCAGGGGGCACGUGAUUUCGAAAAGAAAGUGUCCAUGCUACUCCAUGAGGAGUCAAAAAACCCCAAAUGUUUCGCAGAAAGCAGGAAGGAUCUGACAUGUUUCUGGGAGGAGAAUGAGAAGGCCGGCUCUGUGGACCAGUAUUCCUUUGUAUACAAAUACCAAAAUGAUCGCAGUGAAAGUAAGUGCCCACUGAAGGCAUUCCAUCUCACAAGUGGAAGAAAACUGUAUGUUUGUCACCUGAACCAAACCCAGUUGUUUGUGCAAAUGGAUAUUGAAGUGAACCGUGAUGGACAUCUCAUCCACAACCGCAGUCUUCUGAUUGAGUCAACCUUUUUAUUGGAUCCACCUGCUAACGUGACCGUAAGCAACGGCGCAAAGCCAGGACAGGUCAAUAUCAGUUGGAUUCCUCCUCCCGUAAAGUACAUGGAUGAUAGCAUGAUGUACGAGGUCUUCUACAGCCCUAUGGACAGUCACAUCGGGAAGGUGGAGGUGGCCCGUGCUUCUUCAGAGCUGGUUCUCAGAGGUCUUCAGCCAGCGACUAGGUACAAGGUCCAAGUGCGUGUGAACCUGGACGGUGUCAGCUACAGCGGCUACUGGAGUGCAUGGAGUGACCCGGUCUUCAUUCUUACGCCCCCUGCAGAUCUUGAUCCACUCAUCAUAUCUCUCAGUGUGAUCAUCUCUUUCAUUUUCUUGGUGCUAUCUCUCACAAUGCUAGUAUCCCAUCGCAGAUAUUUGUUGAAAAAGGUUUGGCCUACUAUUCCAACUCCAGAAAACAAGUUCCAGGGCUUAUUUACCAUUUAUGGUGGGGACUUCCAGAAGUGGUUAGGACACACCGAUGGAGAUCUGUGGCAGAGCCCAAAUGUAUUCUACCCCGAGGAGGGCCCCUCACCUCUGGAAGUGCUGUCCGAGCUGCCUGUGAGCCCCCUGCUGCAGUGCCCUCCACUGCCCCCUAAAGGCUGCAGGGUGCCUCAGGAGGUGAAAACAGAAAUGGACAUGGGGCCAUCUCUACAAAGAGAAGAUUCCACUCAGAGUGAGGAUUGGACAACCAAGUCACAUGAUCACUGGCUCAUGGAGCGUCUACAAGCACUCCAGCAGCACCCAAUUCCAUACUCACAGGAGUCCCAGGACACUUAUGUCACCUUGAGCCACAACAACAAUGAAGAUGUGCAAGAUAGCAUCCCAGUGGAGAACGUACCUCUGGAGGUUCUGUUCACUUCAAGGAAAGAGUCAGAAUCUCCCUCGGACUUAGGCUCUGGGUCGGGCCAGCUGUCAUCCCAAUCCAGUUUUGAGUACUCCAACCAGGAAUGGGCCCACAAACCCCCUGGGUAUACAUACAUGGCUGUGGCCGACUCCGGGGUUUCCAUGGACUACAGUUCUAUGAACAGACUGGAGGAUAUUGGGAGAGUACCUGUAUUUACUCAUGAAUACAAGAAUGACAUUGCUUUGCGGAGAGCCUUUGUAACCAGGCAACACCACGUUCACAACUAUUGAGCAUCUAUAUUAGCCUUGUUUAGACCAACUGGUGCAGUACUGUCAAUGGGGAUAUUUUACUAUACAGCAUAGUAACUACGUUUGCAACAUAUACUAUUAUUUGACACGUAUCACUUUUUUAGCCAUUAUAUGGAACUGUUUUUUGUUUUUUUGUCCAGAUAAUAGUUUACAGUAGUGAAGGUCCAUGCUAGUUUCACAUUUUAACAUUUCACUGGGAUAUCACGGGACAUUCAGGAUUUCUUAUUAGAUCCAGAUACAUAAAUCAAACAUAGCUACCAAUUUUACUGAGUUACUGGAAUGAUAAGCAGUUUGUCACAUAUCAAGAAUAUAAAAAUGCAUUAAACUAAACAGAGUUGGUAUAAUAGUGAUGAGUACUGGUAGCUUAUUGGCCUCCAACAAGCAAUUAUACAUUUUACAGCAUUUUCUGGGGGUCUGCCUGAUAUAGGUUUUGAAACUGCAAAAAUUGUAUCAGUAUCAAAUGAGUAUCAGCUUUCAUUUCACACUGUACCAAAUGCACUGUACUUUUGGUAAAACAAGGCUUAAGUUGCUCUGUGUUGGAUUUAUAUCUAUAUUAUAUAACUAAAACUGUAAGAGGAAAGAUUAAAAAAGAAUAAGCUAGGAAUCACACACAGUCCACGGGUUGUAUAUAUAUGUCAUAUCUCUUUUCUGUACAGAAGGAAA